CUUUCUCCGCACAUAGGCGUUCCGGAGCGCAUCACAUGAUUUGAGUCUUGUGACAAUCCAGACAGAAAGGGAAAACGAGUUCACAACUGUUUUUUGUGUGCUCUAGAGUGAUUGGAGAGGUUCUUUUGACAAAAAAUGACAUAAUGAGGUGAUAAGUUGGCGAUAUUUUAGACAUUUCCCUCUUUUUUAAAUAAGCAUCCUCCCUUUAGACUGAACAGUCCGCGAGUGUUUCGGGUGGUGCAGUCAGGGACAAAGUUGGCACAUGGAGAGAGGCGAUAACUUAAAUUUUUGCGCGUCGUGUUUUCUUCGUUUUUUUUUACCCAUCCGUGCCUGCAAAAGUCGUAUGACUCGAGGCAACACCGACUAAGUAAAUCCAAUUUGUGUGGGAAGAAGAGGGCCAGCCAAGGCAAAGAAAGAGAAAGAUAACUUGAGGACGCAAAAGAUAUGGACAGCAAACCUCUUCUCCAAGACCGUCCUCCCGCUUAUGCUAACGUCGUCCCGGGGGCGUAUGAAUAUGGCCAGCAGCACAAUUAUGGAGCUAUCCCCGCCCCAACCCCUGCACCCCCGGGCUUUCAACAGCCGCCGCCAUAUCAGUACCCCACUGGCCCAGGGUUCCAAGAAGGCCCCAGUGCACAGAUGGGCCCAGCCAUAGCCCAGCAGCCCUACCCUGGUACAUACACCAUCAUCCAGCCCUCCGUGGUGGUGGUGGGUGGCUGCCCAGCCUGCAGAGUGGGCGUGCUGGAGGAUGACUUCACCUGCCUGGGGAUCAUGUGUGCCGUCUUCUUCUUCCCCCUGGGGAUCCUCUUCUGCCUGGCACUGCGCCAGAGGAGAUGCCCCAACUGUGGCGCCACCUUCGGGUAGAAGGACCAACCUGUAGCUCGUCCUCUCAGCCCAGCUGGAUUUUAUAACUUUGUUGUUUAUAAUUGUUACACACUGAGAAUGCCAGGUAUUUUCUAUACAAGAAUUAAGUAGUCGCCACAAUGAACUUCUAGCCAGCCAUUAACUCUGAUAUGAUAGAGGUGCAUGUGAAAAGCUACAUUUGUACAUGGUAGAAUAUACUUUGGUAGUAUUAUCUAGUGAAGAAGCCUGAUCUUUGUCCAUCUACUGCUGGUGCCUUUUAUUACGCUAUAGAGCAGGAAACAGACAGGGGCCAUAUUCCACAAAGCGUAUCAGAAAAUAUCCUGGAUCCUGUUUUAAGACAAAAAAAGCUCCCAGCUCCCAGUAGGUUUUAUGAGGAGAAGUUACUGCUCAGACAGACUCUGAGCCAGGAGAAAAAUCACCUCAAAAGUUUCUCCGUUGGUAAUCACCACAGUUUGAGGUACCGCAUAAGAAGGAUAGUGAUGAUGCUCAUUGACAUUGUUGCAAAUGAUGAGGAAUAACCAAUCAGGACGAGGCACUGACAGCUGUACAACACGCUUCAGACAACUACAGGGAAUGUUUCAGCGGUCAAACGUGUGAUAUCAUCUGCCUGACACAUCGCUCUGUCUACUUUUCAUUUAGUCUAAUAUGUGGCUUUACACAUGUUUAGAAUAAUGUGAUGGGAAUAUUGCACUGAAUCAGUUUGACAGUUAAAAUAUGAACGUUAUGUCAGCACUCUUCUGUUCAACACAUCUAAGGCAUCAAGUCACUUGCCGAUAAUGUUGCAUAAAGUGUUUCAAAAAGGUCUAGUUUUACCCAACACAAAGUUAAUAUAGGCUGUAGAUGCCCAACCCAUAGACACGGCUAGUUUUACCCAACACAAAGUUAAUAUAGGCUGUAGAUGCCCAACCCAUAGACACGGCUAGUUUUACCCAACACAAAGUUAAUAUAGGCUGUAGAUGCCCAACCCAUAGACACGGCUAGUUUUACCCAACACAAAGUUAAUAUAGGCUGUAGAUGCCCAACCCAUAGACAC